GUUGAACGUGCCUCUCCUGCCUGCAAACCAUCUUCUGUCAUACAGUGUUGCUCGAGGCUCCAUUGCUGGAGAAGGCACACAGCCGCCGUUCUUGGACGUGUGAUCAAUGGGAACAAUUCCUCAACCGCCAUUAGCACUGGCAGGAUGAAGCACAGCCCUUGUGCCUUCCAGGCGACGUCAGGUGCUGUCCUCAGACAGAAAGCAGUUUUUUUGAAGAAAUUUGCUCACACACCCUGCCGAGCAGUCUGUAUGAUGCAUCCGUUAAGCCAGAAAAGAAACGAAGAAAGGGAGCUCCCAGAAACCAUAAGGGAGGCAAGGCAUGCUGCUUCCGGCAAGACAGUGAAUCUGAUCGUGAUGGCACCCAAAGAUGCUCCCCAUUUGGACUCCCUCAAGACACUGCCAGCCUGUUUCCGCAUAGUGGGCAUUGGCUGCACUGUUGCAGAGCUGUCCAACUUGGAGUGCAAAUGGGAGUCAGUGGAUGUCAUGCUCGUGUACGCGCUGUGGCUGGCUUUCGUCAACGACAUCAAGGCGGUAUUUUCCAAGGCAUCCAAUCUGAAGUGGCUGCACGUCGCUACGACCGGCGUGGACCACCUGAUGGCCCCGGAAAUUGUCGAUAGUGACGUCAUCAUCACCAACGCCCAGGGUAGCUUCAGCCACUCGCUGGCGGAGUGGACCCUCGCGGCGUGCAACUGGUUCGCCAAGGAUCUGCCGAGGAUGAGGGCGUCGCAGAAAAUGAAGAAGUUCGAUCCAUUCGAGGUGGAGGAGCUGCGGGGGAGGGUAAUGGGCAUUGUAGGCCUUGGGGAUAUCGGCUGCGCCGCUGCCAGGCUGGCGAGGGCAUUCAAGAUGGGUGUCGUGGGCAUGAGAAGGAAUGCGCGCCUUUCUGCAGAGGAGCAACAGGAGGGACUGGUGGACAAAAUUUACCCUCCUGAGGAGAUCUGCUCCAUGAUGUCUGCUUGCGAUUACGUCGUGGUGGCGCUGCCAAUGACGUCACGCACCGACAAACUCGUCAGCAAGGCGGCCAUCCAGGCCAUGAAGCCCAACGGGGUGCUCGUGAACGUCGGGCGCGGGAAGACUGUCGACGAACAGGCCCUCAUCGAAGCUCUCCAGAACAAAGCCAUCCGGGGCGCCGCUCUGGACGUUUUCGAGAAGGAGCCCUUGCCCGAGGACAGCCCCCUUUACGACCUGGACAACGUCCUGCUGUCCGCGCACUCCGCCUUCAAGACGCGGACGUUUCGCAGGGACGCCCUGCAGAGCUUCUUGGACGCUGCCGAGCGGUACGCCUCGGGCCAAGCGCUGAGGCACGUCGUCGACAAAGACGCGGGGUACUGA